CGACGACUGCCCACCUAUCGAGCGGGCUAGCGAGCGCGGGGUCGCAGCGCAGGGGGCGUUCCCGGCCAGGACGAGGGUCGCGGCGUUGCCCUUGGCGAGCGUCCGGAUCGCAGGCUGUCUGUGCCCAGACCCCAGAGUACCCCUCACCACCAUGACUGGGCUGCUGAAGAGGAAGUUUGACCAGCUGGAUGAGGACUCCUCCUCACUCUGCUCGUCCUCCUCCUCUUUGUCCUCCUCGGGCCGCCACUCUCCCUCCUGCUCCCCGAGCUCUUCGGCCUCCCCGUCUUGGGACUCGGAUGAGGAGGGCCCCUGGGAUCAGACGCCCUUGCCUGACCGCAACUUCUGUGGCCCCCGAAGUUUCACCCCCCUGUCCAUCCUGAAGCGGGCCCCCCGGAAGCGCCCAGGCCGGGUAGCCUUCGAUGGCAUCACUGUCUUCUACUUCCCUCGGUGCCAGGGCUUCACCAGUGUGCCCAGCCGCGGCGGCUGCACCCUGGGUAUGGCCUCCCGCCACAGUGCCUACCGCCGCUUCUCCCUGGCCGAGUUUACGCAGGAGCGAGCCCGGGCACGGCAAGAGAAGCUGCGCCUACGCUUGAAGGAGGAGAAGCUGGAGGCGCUGAGAUGGAAGCUUUCGGAGGCCGGGAUACCCAAGACGGAGGCCGGCCUGCCGCUUACAGUGGACACCAUAGACGAUGCCUCUGUGGAGGAGGAUUUGGCAGUGGCCGUGGCAGGUGGCCAGUUGGAGGAAAUGACCUUCCUCCAGCCCUACCCAGCCCGGAGGCGGCGGGCUCUGCUGCGGGCCUCGGGAGUGCGGAGGAUCGAUCGCGAGGAGAAGCGAGAGCUGCAGGCCCUGCGCCAGUCCCGGGAGGACUGUGGCUGUCGCUGUGACAGGGUCUGUGACCCUGAGACCUGCAGCUGUAGCCUGGCGGGCAUCAAGUGCCAGAUGGACCACACAGCGUUCCCCUGUGGUUGCUGCAGAGAGGGCUGUGAGAACCCUAAGGGCCGUGUGGAAUUUAAUCAGGCGCGAGUUCAGACCCAUUUCAUUCACACGCUCACCCGCCUGCAGCUGGAGCAGGGGGCCGAGAGCCUUGGGGAGCUGGAGGCCCCGGCCCAGGGUGCCGCAUUCAGCCCCAACGAGCAGGUCCUGGCCCCCACAUUCCCACUGGCCAAGCCCCCCGUGAGCAGCGAGCUGGGAGACAACAGCUGCAGCAGCGACAUGACCGAUUCGUCCACAGCAUCGAGCAGCAGCGAGGCCCCCAGUGGCUCUGCCCACCCGGCCCUGCCCGGCCCCGGCUUCCAGCCUGGAGUGGACGAUGACAGCCUGGCUCGGAUCCUGAGCUUCAGUGACUCUGACCUGGGUGGAGAGGCGGGGGAGGAGGAGGAGGAAGGGGGUAUGGGCAGCCUGGACAACCUCAGCUGCUUCCACCCAGCUGACAUCUUUGGUACCGGUGACCCCACUGGCCUGGCCAGCUGGACCCACAGCUAUUCCAGCUCCAGCCUCGCGUCAGGCAUCCUGGAUGAAAACGCCAACCUGGAUGCCAGCUGCUUCCUCAAUAGUGGCCUUGAAAGCUUGGGGGAAAGCAGUCUCCCCGGCCCCCCGGUGCCAGCCAUCACGGAUGCCGGCCAGAGCAGCUCAGUGGACCUGAGCUUGUCCUCCUGUGACUCCUUCAAGCUGCUCCAGGCCCUGCCAGACUACAGUCUGGGGCCCCACUACACCUCCCAAAAGGUGUCUGAUAGCCUGGACAACCUCGAGGCGGCCCACUUUGCCCUGCCUGCCUUUUCUCCCCCUGGGGACGCCAGCACGUGCUUCCUGGAGUCCAUAAUGGGCUUGUCUGAGCCGGCCGCCGAGGCCCUGGCUCCCUUUAUGGACGGCCAGUUGUUUGAGGACACUGCCCCAGCGUCGCUGGUGGAACCUGUGUCUGUGUGAGGGUUAGGGUGCCUUUUCCCGGCCCCGAGAGCCCUGUUGCUGCUUCGUUGUAAUUGGGGGCUCCCUGAGGUCUGCCUGUAUGUAACGGUCUCCCAUUGGCUGGCUCCCAUGUGGGCACUCCUAAUUUUCAUGCAACACUCUGGAUUUAUUU